GGCGCAUGCAGAGGUUCGGGAGAGGGAGGGGAGAAGGGGGGGUUGGUUUGUUUUCGCGGCUGUCGUUGCCCCUAUUCUGGACAGCAGUCGUUCCCUGGGGGGGGGCGGGGGGGGAGGUGUAUUUCAGUGAAGAAGGGGAGGAGGGCGGUUAAGUCUGUUUUCUUGGGUGUCUUUGCCCCACACGGUUUUUGAAUGGUUAUGUUAUUUGGAUGUGAACUUAUUCCCUUUGUUUCUUCUUCAGGGUCUGGGGCUGAGCUUCAUCCUGCGACAGGGGACAAGGCGAAGGUCAGGGGAGGGGGGGAGGUUAUUUUGUUUUCGGCGAAUAAGAGAGGGGGGGGAGGGGGGAGGGGGGGGGAGGGUUUGAACGGUUAUGGGUUAUGUUAUGUGUAUUCAGAACUGAACUUAAUAAUAACUUUGUUUCUUCUUCAGGGUCUGGCGGAGCUUCAUACUGCAACAGGGGACAAGGCAAAGGUCAUUGAUGCCUGGGAACAUAUAAGACAGUUGUCGUCGGAAGCUGGCGAUACGGAUCGUGUGUACGACUAUACUCGCCGGUUGGCGUUAGCCUAUGGAACAGAAGGUAGGAGAGAAGAUGAACUGAAGACAUGGCGCAGCUUGGCCAAUUCGAACGAAGGCGCUGUCUCGUCGGCUGUUCGCAUAGAAGCAUUGUGCAGAAUUGCUGAUGCGGAAAUGGAGACGAUGACUCAGGACAUAGACGCAGCUGCUAAGCGUGGAAUUGCAAAGUGGAAGAAGGCCAAUCAACAGUUGGCAUCUGCGGAGUUGGGCGGCCCGGUAACCGACUCUCAAGAUUCGUGGAAUGAGGAUAAGGUUCGGCGUCUUGUUGCGGAUGAAUGGAGAGACGCACAUGCUGGCGUCGUCGAAUCGACUCUUCUGGAUGUCGUGGAGGCUGCUCCUGCCUUUGGGGAGCAGCUCCAUGCCACGUCAGCAGUGCCACGUCAGUCACAGUGCCACGUCAGCAUGACGGGUCCAGCAAUGGGCCUGCCAGGCCAACUGGCCAAUGAGCCCAUUGCCAACUACAAAAAGCGCUUCCAGGCUCAGCUCGCUUUCAUCGAGGCKGAGGAACAACGCCAGCUGGCAGCCGCGGCUGCCCGCCUACAGGCUGAAGAAGCGGCAACAGCAGAGAAGCUGCGACUACAGGCCGAAGCAGACGUAGAUGCCCAGGCUCCCCGCAAGGAAGCCCAGGAUCUGCUGCAGCGGCAUGAAGCCAACAGCAUCGAGAGACUCGAGUUCUGGCACUUUGAACCGAACGGCGACGACGCAACACCGGAAGAGCAGCGUAAGGAGUUUCUCUCCAAACUCGUGACACGGUUGUUGUGUGCUUGCAACUACCAACGGUCCGAGUUAGAGAAACAGAACCAGGAACUGCAGCAACAGUACCAGGAUCUGAAGACACAGCACCAGGAGUUGGCGAACCUCCGCCGGAUGGUGCAGAGCCACGAGGAUGCAACACGGGCACCCAAUUCCCGUGUACUGGACCUGGAACAGGCUGUACCAGGACCAAAUGCCGGGGCUUCCAGCAGUGCACCCUCUAGCCGCCAACUGGAGGAACGCGUUGACCACAUAGUGGCAAUGCUCGGCGAUAUCAGCACCUUCGCGGCGCCGACCACCAUCAGCAAUCAGCUGGACACUUUGAAGACCGAAUUCCAGCAACUGCAGUCGACGAACACGGAUGGCAACAAUCCUAAGCAAUACAAGAUGCCAAUUUUUCAACUGGAGAAGUUCGACGACUACACGCAUCAGGACCCGGUGCUCUGGUGGGAAGCUUUCACGACGCAACUGCGGAUUCUGCCUGUCGCCAAGCACGCGUACAUCGGCGCCCUGUUCAUGAACUCAAAGGGCGGAUGCGAGAUCUGGUUGACUCACCUGGCAGCCACCCACAGCGUCGACGUCGCCGAUCUGAAGGACAAGAUCGCAUGGGAAGAGUUAACACGGCUGUGGAAGAAGCGGUUCAUCGUUGACGACGCGCCAGCACUUGCCAUCAACCGUCUCUUCACCAUGUCUCAGGGCAACACAGCAACACGUGAGGCGACUCCACCUCUCACUCCGCCAGAUUUGGCCGCCUUGCUAGCGGCCUCCUACACAUCUGGGGAGGAUGCGCAUGUCGCAAGUCCUCGGUACACUUACGAGGAUUAUGCUGUCCACUUGGUCCCACCGCUGGACCAACCGCUCCACGUGCAACAMUCUACCGYAUGCACGGUUUCAUCACCAUCGACAACCGAUUCGACAGCUUCGCCGUCAUCUACCGCCGGGGAUUCAACGUCAUGGUCAAGACUUGAAGAGCUCGACCCGUUGACUUUUGAGGACUUCCAAUGGAUGCCCCUGCCCCGGUCUGGUCGAUUGCCGAAACCGCAUUGCAACGUGCUCAAGGCACAAUUGCGAGAUUACUUGCACACUGCAGUACAGACUCUGUUGAUGGACGCCAGAGUAGAGGUUGUCGACCUUCACGCCUACAUUGCGAAGAUCGACCGCGAGUUCAAGACGCAACGGUACGACGACAUCGAUGCACCAUUGCUAUAUGUACGCAUUCAGAUUGGAGAGGCGACGUGCAGCGCUUUGAUCGAUUGCAGAGCAUCUCGCAACUACAUGAGUCAGGACUUCAUGGUACGCGCAGGCCUUGGCCCACGAGUCCGAAGGAAGGCCCAUCCCACGCAAGUCACGUUGGCAGACGGUCACACGCACAAGUCAAUCGAUCGGUGCAUUGAUGACGUCCCAGUGUACUUUGCCCCUCACGCAAGUGAGGCGGUGUCCUUUGACAUUUUGGACACCAAAUUCGACAUGAUCUUGGGCAUGUCAUGGCUGCGAAGCAAGGAUCAUCCGGUGAACUUCUACCGCCGCACCGUUCACGUUCGUGAUCGGAACGGAGUAGUAGUCCCAUGCACGGUAGCUCCUCCUCACCCUUCAGUCAGCUGUCACGUGGUAUCCGCCGCAAGCAUGCGAGCUUCCAUCAUCAGAGACGACAUCGAGGAGAUGGGGGUGUGUUUUCUCCACGCCCUCCCACCCCAAGACGCGUCAUCGAUGGACUCAUCUUCGGAUCCACACAUCACCGAACUUCUGGACGCCUACAGCGACGUGUUCGAAGGCCCGCACGGAGUAGUACCGGAUCGACCCAUCCGCCAUGAAAUCAUCCUCGAGGACGGGGCCGUACCUCCACGCGGUUGCAUCUACCGAAUGAGCGAGGAAGAGUUAAGUGUGCUUCGGGCACAACUCGACGACCUUCAGGAGAAAGGCCGGAUUCGGCCUAGCUCAUCGCCAUACGAUGCUAUUGUUCUCUUCGUCCGGAAGAAGAACAAGGAUUUGCGGUUGUGCAUCGAUUAUCGCAAGCUCAACGCGCAGACGAUCAGAAACGUCGGCCCUCUCCCACGCAUCGACGAUCUUUUGGAGCGACUGGGCGGAGCCAAGUUCUUCUCCAAGCUGGACCUUAAGUCGGGAUAUCACCAACUCGAGAUUCGGAAGGAGGAUCGCUACAAGACCGCGUUUAAGACGCGAUAUGGGCAUUUCGAAUGGCUGGUCAUGCCAUUUGGCCUUACGAAUGCCCCGACCACUUUCCAAGCGGCUAUGGCAACGGAGUUCCGACACAUCCUGGAUCGUUACGUACUUAUCUACCUCGACGACAUCCUGGUGUACAGCCGGAGUUUGGAGGAGCAUGUGGAACACCUGCGCACCGUUUUGGAGCGGCUACGACAGGCCAAGUACAAAGCCAACCGCGACAAGUGCGAAUUCGCACGGCAGGAGCUGGAGUACUUGGGACAUUAUGUGACGCCGCAAGGCAUCCGUCCGCUUGCGGACAAGAUCGAGGCCCUACGAGUAUGGCCCGAGCCCACCAACACCACGGACGUUCGUGCAUUCAUGGGAUUGGCGGGCUACUAUCAGCGAUUCAUCACCGGAUACUCAAGGAUUGCUGCACCUAUGACGAGAUUACAAUCGCCAAAGGUGCCAUUCGUAUUCGAUGACGACGCAUGCCGGUCAUUCCAAGCACUUAAGACGGCUAUGCUCAUGGCACCCGUCCUCAACAUCUAUGACCCCACCCUGCCGACGAGAGUACGGACGGCAGCGAGCCUUGUUCUCGAGCAAUGCGUACGGAUGAUCAAGAAGCAGUCGGCGAUAUCAACGCCGUGGGAAGUGGCCAUGUCCUUUUGCGAAGACGAUCACGCUAAUGAGAUAUGCGAACCCCUGCGACCGAUCUUUGACUCGACCGGAAUGAACUUAGAACAAGAAUGGAGCCAGAUGCGGAGGAACGUUUGGAAGGGCCUGCUUGGUCGGAAGCUUCUGCACGCGUUUCCACUUCACUACGAUGGGUUGGUCGGUCUUGUAUGUGCUCUGCGGACGGAGAUCUCAAGAUCAAUAAGACAGGGCGCAGGCGUAUUUGAAGAGGCUCUGAUUCAAUAUCAGGAGAAUUGCAGCAGUGUCAGUGGUUGGCUGAUGCUGACUGAACUGAAGCUUCUGCACCAGGAUUUUGAAGGCACUCUAGAAUGUGCAGACAAGGGGCGGCAGUGCGUUAUCCAGGCCCAGGAUGAGCUAGGACUGGGGCUUUCUCGUGCAGAAAUGGAGCUGAUUGUUCUACAAGCGAAGGCACUAGCAGAGCUUGGGGAUCUGGAUCGAGCAGAGUCGCUCUUACACCACGUGUUGCAGCGGGCUGAAGCGGCUUCACUUGACGAUAAGCUACAUAUUGGGAUGGCAGCAAAGAAGCAGGCGCAGAUUGUCACUGAUGGGCUAUUGAAACUUUACUCUAGGAAGUACAAGUCUGUGAGAGAGCUGACCACAACCGUAGAGCGGUUGAUUGUCGUCCCAGGAGUGGAGUAUAAUCCACAGGUCUUAUUGACCAUGUUCUUGAGAUGUCUUCCCACAGAAAUCAAAAACCUCUUAGCUAGCGAUGCUUGUCUCGAGUAUCACACGUUUGAGACAUUCAGCAAGAAGGCCCUAGAUUUAGAGGCUAUGCUGGGUGGUGCUCAAACCCCCGCUACGGACGAAAGAAAGAAGAAGACCCCACAAGAAUGGAAGAAGAAGGGUAGUCGAUUGAUGAUGGUUGAUUCCGAUGGGAAUCAAAUUGAGAUCGAUGAUGUUUCUGAGCUUGUGGAGGUUUCAAAGUUAGAUGGCAAGGAGAGUGUUGAGGGUAGCAACCUCGCCGCCGUAGUUAAGACUAAGGCAGGUGGCCGCGGCAAGGGCGGUCAACAGAGGAGUCAGGGGCAAGUCGCCAACCCAAACAAAAUAGCUGCUUGGGUGAGGGCUGGUUUGGAUCAGGAAGUGUGGCGGGACCGUUGGUCGCGGGGUGCUUGUAUAAACUACGACGAGUAUGGCCAUCAGCAGUUUAAGUGCAAGAACCCGAAGUCUCGCAGAAGAUCCCUCCUAAGGGAAGGGAAAAAGUUGAGACCGGUCGAGCACAUGAGCAAAAAGAUGCCAUCAAAGAAGUUGGCAAAGUCCACCUACGAGAGAGAACUCUAUGCUCUCUACAAGGCACUUGUCCACUGGAGGCACUAUCCGUUAGGAAGGUGCUUCUAUUUGAGAACUGACCAUCAUACCCUCAAGUGGAUCAAGACCCAACCAGUUCUCUCAGAUGCACUCAAACGCUGGACUGCAUUCAUAGAUCAGUAUGACUUCAAACUAGACUAUGUAAAGGGAGAGUACAACAAGGUUGUGGAUGCGUUGUCUAGAAGGGAAAAUUACCUAUGUGCGCUGAUUUCUGAGUUUGGCUUAUCUGAGGACGUGACUCGAUCCUUGGGGGAAACCUACAAGGAAGAUCCCCUCACGAUGGACAUCAUCAACAAACAGCAGGCCAAAGACAAAGCCACUUCUGACGAGUUUGUGAUGGUGGAUGGGUUAGAAAAGGCAAGGUUUAAAAGGUUAGUUGUUCCAUCUAGGGAGAUUUUGCGUAGUUCAUUUUUAGGUGAGUGCCACGACGCAACGGGACAUUUCGGCUACAAGAAGACUUGUGCUAACUUAGUACAGCGAUUUUGGUGGCCUAACAUGCUGGACGAUGCAAAGAAGUACGUACAGACCUCUCAGGUCUGUCCCCGGGAUAAGCCGCGGACUCAAGCUCCGCUUGGGUUACUCAAGCCUCUACCCAUCCCUGCUGGCCCAGGGCAGAGUAUCUCCAUGGACUUCAUGGAUACUCUCGUGACCAGCAAGAAUGGCAAGAGGCACAUCUUUGUCAUAGUGGAUAGGUUUACUAAAUAUACUAGAGUAAUUGCCAUGCUGGAGACUGCCGGGACAGAGCACGUCGUUAAGUUGUUCAUGGACAACUGGGUGCGUGACUUUGGACUGCCAAAGACCAUUGUUAGUGAUAGAGAUGUCCGGUUUACCAGUGAGAUGUGGAAGAAGGCCGCUGAACAGAUGGGAAGCCAGCUUCAGAUGACUUCUGGAAAUCAUCCCGAAGCCAAUGGGCAGGGUGAACAGAUGAACCAAGUGGUGCAGCAUCUGCUGAGGCAUUAUAUCAAGCCCAGCCAGGAUGACUGGGAUGAGAAACUACCUCUCAUCGCCAGUCUGUACAAUAAUGCUGUACACAGCAGCACCGACGUCAGUCUUAAUCAACUCCAUCUGGGAUGGAAGCCUAGAUCUGCUCUAGACGUCCUCCUGCCUGAAAACCGAACUGCCGCAACUCCUGGAACCAUUGAAUUUGGUGUCCAGUAUGAGAAAUUGUUGCAGCAGACUGUCGAACACAUCAAGAAAUCUCAGGAAGCUAUGAUUGCUUCUGAGAACAAACGUCGCCGACAGUCCAUAUUUCAGGGACUUGCAGGGGUGUGUUUGCGAUCAGGAAAGGAUGCUGAGGGGCGGCAGCUGCUGGAAGAAAUUGUCGAAUGGGAUGAUCGUAACGACUGGGCUGUGGGAGAGCUUGGGUGGUUGGCAUUUACGAAUGGCGACAACCAGGCAGCAAUUGAUCUGCUCAGUUCUGCGAUAAGCAUCCAGCCCAAGUCGUACUUGCACCACCUCCGUUUGGGCAAGGUAUAUUGGAAUAGCAGAGAGGAGCUUACAGAUGGCAGCAGUAAGAGUCAUGCGCGUCUCUUGGAAGCAGCAAAGAUUAAUCCAAGGUGUGCGGAAGCCUUCAGGUAUCUGGGCCUCGUUUACCGCACAGCACUGGGAGAUUUACAACGUGCCAGCCGAUGUUUCCAGAAAGCGAUCUCCUUAGACGCGCAAGACAGGGUGUCAGGGAUCAGCAGUGCCACGUCAGCAGUGCCAGGUCACAUUGCCCCGUCAGACAUAGUGCCACGACAGCAGCACCACGUCAGACACAGUGCCACGCCAGCAGUGACGUCCGACACAGCGCCACGUCAGCAGUGCCACGUCAGCAACAUGACGGGCCUGCCAGGCCAACUGGCCAAUGAGACCAUUGCCGCCUACAAGCAGCGUUGCCUGGCUCAGAUAGAGGCUGAGGAACAACGCCUGCUGGCCGUCGAGGCUGCCCGCAUAAAGGCUGAAGAGGCAGCAGCAGCAGAGAAGCUGCGGCUACAGGCCGAUGCAGACGCAGAUUCCCAGGCUCGCCGCAAGGAAGCCCAGGAUCUGCUACAGCGGCAUGAAGCCACAAGCAUCGACAAACUCAAGUUCUGGCUUUUUAAACCGAACGGCGACGAGGCAACACCGGAAGAGCAGCAUAAGGAGUUCCUCUCCAAACUCGUGACACGGUUGCUGUAUGCUUGCAACUACCAGCGGUCAGAGUUGGAGAGACAGCACCAGGACCUGACGCAACAACAUCAGGAGUUGGCGACGCUCCGCCGCACAGUGCAGUGCCAUGAGGAUGCAACUCGGGCACUCAAUGCCCGAUUGCUAAACCUGGAACAGACUGUACCAGGACCAGCUGCUGGGGCUUCCAGCAGUGCACCCCCUAGCCGCCAACUGGAGGACCGCGUUGACCACGUAGUGGCAAUGCUCGGCGACAUCAGCACUUUCGCUGCGCCGACCACCACCAUCAGCAGUCAGCUGCAUACAUUGAAGACCGAGGUCCAGCAACUGCAGACGACGAACGCAAAUGGCAAUCCGAAGAUGUAUAAGAUGCCAACGUUCACUCUGGAGAAGUUCGACGACUACACGCAGCAGGAUCCGGUCCUCUGGUGGGAAGCAUUCACAACGCAACUCAGGAUUCUGCCCGGCGGAUGCCAGACCUGGUUGACCCACCUGGCAACCUCCCACGGCGUCGACGUACCAGACUUGAAGGAUGUAAUCACAUGGGAGGAACUGACACGGUUGUGGAAGAAGCGGUUCAUCAUCGACGACGCGCCAGCACUCGCCAUCAACCGACUGUUCACCAUGUCACAGGGCAACACAGCAACACGGGACUGGCUCACGGAGUGGCAGAAGAUUGCGGCUGCGCCCAAUCUGAACUUACCAUUCGAGCAUCUACGUCGUGAGUUCUACAACAGGUCCUCUGCUGCAUUGAGCCAGGCUCUUGGUGAUCGUGAGCAGUACGCCACCUUCGUCGAGAUUAUCGACAAGGCGCGAGAGAUCAUCAAGACCAACAGGACAGUUUCCAUGGGUCAAGUUUGGCUUGACCGAGGCGGAGUACAAAGUUCGCGGCCGCUACGGCAGCUGCUAUUGGUGCAACAGCACCAAGCACAAGACCUCCCUGUGCCAGGAUCAGGGCAAGGAGGAUGUGCGACCCCGCCUCAGCUCGGGAAACUGAGCUUCGCGGAAGGGUACCACCAACUCGAGAUUCGCAAGGAGGACCGCUACAAGACCGCGUUCAAGACGCGAUAUGGGCAUUUCGAAUGGCUGGUCAUGCCAUUUGGCCUUACGAAUGCCCCGGCCAUUUUCCAAGCGGCUAUGACAACGGAGUUCCGACACAUGCUGGAUCGAUACGUACUUAUCUAUCUCGACGACAUCCUGGUGUACAGCCGGAGUUUGGAGGAGCAUGUGGAACACCCGCGCACCGUUUUGGAGUGGCUACGACAGGCCAAGUACAAAGCCAACCACGACAAGUGUGAAUUCGCGCGGCAGGAGCUGGAGUACUUGGGCCAUUAUGUGACGCCCCAAGGCAUCCGUCCGCUCGCGGACAAGAUCGAGGCCCUACGAGUAUGGCCCGAGCCCACCAACACCACGGACCUUCGUUCAUUCAUGGGAUUAGCGGGCUACUAUCAGCGAUUCAUCACCGGAUACUCCAGGAUUGCUGCACCUAUGACGAGGUUACAGUCGCCAAAGGUGCCAUUCCUAUUCGAUGACGACGCACGCCAGUCAUUCCAAGCACUUAAGACGGCCAUGCUCAUGGCACCCGUCCUUAGCAUCUAUGACCCCACCUUGCCGACGAGAGUGACUACGGACGCUUCCGGCUAUGGCAUUGGGGCAGUCUUGGAACAGCACGACGGCGACGACUGGCACCCUGUGGAGUAUUUCAGCCACAAAGUGCCUCCCAUCAACUUGCUUGAUGAUGCAAGGAAGAAGGAGCUACUCGCGUUCGUCAUGGCUCUCAAGCGCCGGCGGCACUUCCUCCUUGGGCGUCGUAGGUUCACAUGGGUCACAGACAACAAUCCAUUGACCUACUACAAGACGCAGGACACGGUGAGCAGCACGAUCGGACGAUGGAUGUACUUCAUCGACCAAUUUGACUUCACACCGAAGCAUGUCCCCGACCUCUCCAAUCGCGCAGCAGAUGCACUCUCGCGAAGACCUGAUCUUUGUGCUAUGACACAUCAUGCCUUCGCAUUCGACGAGGAGCUUCAGCGACAGUUCAUCCGGGCAUAUGAGUCUGAUCCGGACUUCGGCACGCUCUAUGCACAGCUAUCUUCGGAUCACCCGCCGGCCAGCCACUACCGCAUUGCCGACCAAUACUUGCUCCUCCACUCGAGAGGCAAGGACUUACUAUGUGUCCCACGCGACCGUCGUCUUCGGACUCGCCUCCUCGGUGAGUACCAUGAUUCACGACUCGCUGGCCAUUUCGGAGUCAACCGCACUAUUGCACGGCUUCGACAACGAUUCCGAUGGCCCGACCUCAUUACCGAUGUCACUCGGUAUUGCGACUCUUGCAAAGUUUGCCGACGCAGCAAGCCCCGCAACCGCAAUCCCUACGGCGGGUUACACCCGAUGCCUAUCCCACGGGAACCCGGUCUCUCCAUUGCCAUGGACGUCACCGGUCCGUUUCCUCGCGACCGGCUCGGGCACGACGGCAUCCUCACGGUUGUGGACCGAUUGAGCUUGCUGAGGUGGCAUGCCGAUGAGGCGCUACCUCUGGCCCUAGCUUAUGCUUAUCAGCAACUGGGGAGAUUCACUGCAGCUUUGAAGUCAUAUGGCCGGGUGCUUCAGUUGGACAGUGAUCGAGUAUUUUCUCUCAUCCAAGCCUCCAUUAUCAAUCACCAAAUGGGUUUGCACUCAAAGGCGGUGGAAGGAUUUCAAAGGGCACUUUGUCGCUCCCCAAAACACGUGGCCGCACUUUGUGGGCUGGUAUCGGCUCUCAAAGGCCAAGCCGAAGUGUCGGUUUUCAGCGGUGCGUAUGGAGCAGCUGCAUCGUUUCUCAAGGAGGCAGAAUCCCAUAUUGUGCUCUGCAGGGAGCUUCAUCCAACUCUUCAGUUGGCCAGAAAACUACACGGCGAUAUAAUGAUCUUAUAUGCGCGAGUAGUGCCGUACGAGGAUGACACCAAGGAUGAAAAAGGUGCAGAAGACGACAAAGCUGUUGAAGAAAGUAAAGGAGCGGUGGGCAUACUGAAAAAAAUGGAGGAAGAGAAGAAGGAAGCAGGGUUGCGGGCAAUUCGCUCGUAUUCUCAUGCCCUACACAAGCACCCAUCUAAUGAGGGGGCUUGGGCAGAUUUGGCUUUUGCAUAUUAUCAGCAUGCACAUCUAUUAAGCCUUCAGCUGGUGCCUAAAGCGCCGAAAGAGGAGAUUGAGAGGCUCAGUAGUUUUGCAGAGCGACUUGCCUUGGGAGCUUUACGGCUAAAUGGAGGAAACGCGAUGCUGUGGAAUCUUCUGGGUGUUGUAGCGAGGCGAAAGUUUCUCAGGCAACAUGCAUUUAUUCGAGCGCUUCAAAUCGAUUCGAAACUGCCCAUCGUUUGGGCGAAUCUCGGCCAGAUGCCCGAAGCUCGAUGGGGGUUCGGUUUGGUUGCAUCGAGAGCAGGACUUCUCCACAAAGCAGAGGUGUACGCUGCACUUCAACAGUGUAUUACCCAAACUCCCCAGGAGGUCUCGGUGUUUAAUGUGGCAGCGCUAUCCGCCGAGGCACGAGGGUUGAUACAGGAAGCGAUUGCUCUCCUUAAGGCAGCUGAAGAAAUUGCAUGUUUGGAAGUUGGUAGCCCAAUGGCUUCUGAAGAGUUAAGGAAAGACCAAGUCAGCAGCCUUCAGAAGAAGAUCAUGAUAUCACUGAAUCUCGCUCGUGUGCUGAUGAAGGCUGGGAGAGCUGCAGAAGCACUCGCUAUUUAUCAGCAUGUUCUGCAUGAUGAGGUGGCGUCUGCAGCCUCUGCUUCUUUGCUAAGGGGACAGAACGAGCUCAGCAUAAUCCGCGGGUACGCGAUCGCUUUGUGGUCUUCUGGUCACGACUCGUCAGUGGCGACUAGCACAGGCAUUCAAUCUCUGACAACUGCUCUUCAGAAGGCCUCGUCGUCCCCUCCAUCGCCUCAAUACCUUGCCACGCUUCGCGUCUUAUGCCAGCUCUAUUAUCACCAUCUGGGUCCAUCUGGUACUGCAGCUAUCUUGGAUUGCCUAACAGCUGUCCCAGCUGUUUGCCUAGAGGACACGCAGCUUCAGUCAGCUGGGUUGGCAAGCGUUGUUGCGUCUCGGAGAUUCAUAGAUAUGUCCCACAUGUUGAGUCUGUGCCGGACGCUUUUCGAUCAUUCAUCUGCACACGUAGGACAGAUGAUUAUUACAGAUGCCUACUGCAUUCAGGGGGACUAUGCGCAAGCUGUAAGGCACUUGAAAAGGGCUCUGCACAGAUACCCUCAUCUUGUGUCCUUAAGGGGAGCAUUGGGGCGUGCGUUGCUAAACCUAUCCAUUGAGAAUGUGCCGAAGGCACUCCACAUAUGCUUGCUCUCUGAUGAGGGCUUCUCUGAUGCAGAGAACAGAGAAGGAAAAGCAUUGUGUGAUGCUGUUUGUGCCUGGUGUGCUUUUGCAUGCUAUGCUUGUGGCAUGGCGAGAGGAUGUCACUCAACCCCGUUCGACCAUCAUACCCAAGCAGAGCAGCUACAGACUCUGUGCCGCAAACUACAAAGACUAGUCCACAUGAACCCGAGCAAUGGCUCGGCGCGUCUGCUGAUGAUCGCCACAGGUCUUCAGCGUGCCCGUUCCCUGCAUUACCCAUCAGGCCUUUGCACAGGCCUCCUGCGCGCCUCCAUGCAAUCUCUGUCGUUGUCGGUAAAGGAAGGACUGUCGCCGCUGGAACGUGCGCUUUUGGCAAUUUGCGCAUCGGAGCUAGCUCUUCACGUCCGCAAGGAUGGAGCCAUCUCCCUUGGGUUGAGGUUAGCGAAGAAAGCUGUGCAGGUGGCGAACGUGCCAGACUCGAAGCCUGAAUCACCUCUGCAUGCCGUCUCCCCUCUUGUCCGGCGACAAAUCGGCCGUUGUCACGCAGCCGCCGGUGAAUGGCACCAGGCUUUUCUCGCGCACCAGGAGGCGAUGAGCGAUGCUCUUGAGCGUUUCGACUUUCCGGCAGCUUUGGAGGUAUUGGAGGCCAUGUACCUUGUUGGCAAGAAGAGUGAAGCUGAGGUUGAGCUGCGCCGGUUUGAGCAGGCGGUUCAGCAAAUGGGUACGGUUGGAGAAAAGAACGUUUGGCUUGGAGCUCUUCGUGCGCUGCAGGGUCAAACGAAGGGCGACGAGGGUGACGGCCCAGCAGCGGUCCGCUUCACGUCGGAAGCCGUCACAUGGACUGACGAAGACAAUGCAGUGCUGCAUUAUCUUGAUGGAGCGCUUAGGCUGGAGUCGGCCGAGGCUGAGAAGGACAUUGAGGGUGUUGUGCUGGCAAAGCGCAGUCUGGGUAGAGCCCUCAUUAUGACCCAGAGUGAGCUUGGGAAACCAAAAGUCUCUCCUCUCUCCCAUGCAGGAGUUGGUGCUGGAAUAGGGGGGAUAUAUCUUCUGCUGGCCCGUGCAGAGAUGCUCUCCAAUCGAGGGGCCCCUCCCUCCGCUUCACGGCUUGCCAAGUGGACUGACCUCAUCAAACAUGAGUGGAGCCUAUGGCCUAGAGGCACGCAACCUGCGGAGCUUUGCUUCCAGAUGGGAGUGAUCAGCGGAAUGUCGAGUUCAAGCAAAGGAGGGGACUCGUGGGAGGAGGAGGGAAGCAAUCGCAAUAAGACCCCCUCCCUUGGCACUCAGGGUUGGUUCCAGAGGGCCGUACAUCUCGACCCGACUUGUCAUCGCUUUUGGCGCAGAAUGAUUUUGGCAUAAGAAGACAAAGCAGACCCCAUGGGAGGAUGAGGGAGGGGGGAACACUAGAAGUUACGAAUGAGUGUCGGGGGAGGGUGUUCUAGUGUCCCUCCCUCCCUCCCUCCCCCGGCACUCGCACUUGGCGCCGGAAGGCUGUCUGUGUACAUCGCACUGCUGUUUGUCGUCGAUUCCCGCCGAAUUCUUUUGGCGGAAGAAAAUGAAAUCCAGUCUUUUCG